CCAACCAGAGGAACACGCGCUUCCCACGUGGAGAGUUAAUCUUUGUUCAGUUGCACUUCUGUUAAUUAAACACAAAUUAGAAAUUUCUCGUAACCCGUAAGCACGGGAUUUCGCAGGAAAUCAAUUUUAGUUGGCAGAUUUCGUUAAGUCAACUCAGUUUAAAUAAAUACGAUUUCAUUAUUUUUACGACCUGGAAAAUACGCGCGCGCCUUACCGGGAAAUUCGAGCGAAGACUAAAAAACUCUUCUGUAACGACUGGAGAGGAGCCUUUUACCCCAAAGCAAAAAAGCACUACUUUCUGCGCGGAAGGACUUUUUGGCCCCCGAAAACCGAUCUCGAGAAAGCUGGAUACGAACCCUCCGGUCGAAACGUGGCGGAGAUCGUUAACACCAACGUGCACGCGCUUACCGGGAAACUUAGAACGUCGGCGCUUCCAGGUAACAGUCGGUCCCGCCUUCCCGGAAAAACGAGAGGAAGCCUCACCCCAGAUACAUAAAAUGCGGGGAAAGACGACGAAGAGACACGGACGAUGAAGAGGUUUCUCCAGUUCUUUCUCCUCCUCCUAUUACUGUUUCCCGCCAUUCCGGGUACGAGAAGAAGCGCCUCCCGACGGGGGAGAAAUUGUCGCUUCCGCCGACCCGGCGACGGAAAGUGCGUGAGUGCCGACUUUUGCGGGAGAAUCGGAAAGGCCGGCAUCUGCCCCGGAAGCGGAAGAAGUUCCCCCAUCUGUUGUCCUCGCGUUCACGUCCGGAGAAGAACCGCAUCCGGAGUCACUCCAGCUUGCGGACUGAAUCUUCCGAACGCGUCCCUUCUUCUGACCAGGAUUCGCCAACAGGUGGUGGGAGGGAGGGAUUCCGACCCCGCUUUCUGGCCCUGGAUGGUGUCUCUACACAAGAAGACUUCCAACUCCACUCGCUACCUGUGCGGGGGUGCUUUGAUCGACCGGCGUCGCCUGAUAACCGCGGCCCACUGCUUCGAACGUAAAGAUCCGAAAGCCUCCGACUACCUGGUCAAGGUGGGGGGUCGCGACGAAGGUAGAGAGCGACGAGUGGAGAGCGUGCGAGUUCAUCCGGGAUUUUCCGACGCUCGUUACUACCACGACAUAGCUCUGGUGACCCUGGAAGAGGACAGAGAAUGGAAAACAAUGCCCGCCUGCCUACCCGACCAGAACGAAGACUACUCCGGUAAAGAAGCUGUAUUGAUCGGAUGGGGAGACACCUCUUUCGGUAAGUACGGCACGCGCGCGCGUAGGCCACCGAUUAACCCAAACUUCGCGUUUUCUUUUGGUCCAGGCGGUCGACCCGGCCGGGUGCUGCAGAAGGUGACGUUACGCGUCUUCGCUAACCGCCGAUGCCAGGCCGACUACAGGAAAUUGAAAUCGGCGCCCUUCCCCAGAGGGAUCGUCCCUCAACUUCUGUGCGCGGGACACAGACGAGAGGCUCGAGACGCCUGCCAGGGAGAUUCCGGGAGCCCUCUGAUGCUGCGAGAUUCCUCCUCCGGAACCUGGAAGGUGAUCGGGUUGGUGUCCUUCGGCUAUCAAUGCGCGGUGUCGGCCUACCCGGGCGUCUACACCAGGGUGGAUCACUACCGGAAAUGGAUAGCGGAGAACGGGAAGAGCAGCUGACGUCGACCGUCAUUAAAUUCGUAUAAAUUUACUCCGUCGUGUCCAGCGAUUUUUUUCCGAGCCGGGACGACGCCACCGACGACGGUUUAGCGGCGGAAACGACGUCGACACGCGCGCGCUCCGGUUUAAAAAUAGAACGGGGUCGAGAGGAAAGCUAAAUGCGGGCCGGACGUCUAUCGGCAGAAUUCCAAAACCGUAAAAGGACGGAGUAUUGUUUGAUAAAUCCCAUCGGACGAGCGGAUGCGCGGCGACACACGUACUCCAAACGACGAAAGAACCACCUGUUGCCGCAAGAUGGCGCGAGAUCGAUGGAUAGAACGUGAAAUCUGGCGAUCUUCCCUCCUCCUGGGCGACGGAGGGAGAACAAAGUAUCGCGGAGUAACGAAUUCCCACGUCUGGUCGGCUCCUAAUUAACG